AGGACUUUCGCUGUACAUUUUUCGCAGAAUAAAAAUCCCCUGCCACUGAUUUUUUACUUGAUCACUCGGUCCCUUCAGAUGAAAAGUAUUAUUAUUCUCUAAAUGAAAUGAAUAAUAUAUGAAAAAUAUUUAAAAGGAUUGCUAUUAUCUCCGGAUGGAGUGUGGGGUGUGUUUCCACGUGUAUGACGAAGACAGCCGACGACCUCGGUCGCUGGGUUGCGGGCACACCUUCUGCUCAUGCUGCACGGGCGAGAUGAUCAAGCCGGGCAAGGGUCUCUCGUGCCCAACAUGUCGGACAGUGCACGACGUAACUCAGAUUAUUCAGGUGCCUGUGAAUUACAGUCUGAUGGAGAUAUUAAAAUUACUUGAGCUCUCCGAAGACAACUCAGAGCCUCGGCCUAAGGAAGAAACGGAAAAUUUCCCUCCCCCAAGCGCCCCAAGUCCCGAAAAUUUACCGGGUGACCGAUGUGAGACCCAUCAUCAGUCGUGGCAAUACCGAUGUGUGCCUUGCAACCAGUGGAUGUGCAAGGACUGCUUGGUAAUUGAGCACCUAGACAGAGGCUGUCGAGUUAUCUCAUCAAAACAGGCCCUCGAGGAAAUGAUGGAGAGUUCUAAAUCAGAAGUUAAGGACCGGUUAAGCUAUUACGAGUCCCGCCUGACCCGCAUGAGACAAUACGAUUCUGAGCUCGAGAUGCAUUUGCAGAAACACGAGAGCCAACUCAGAGGUCUGGUCAUGAUGACAGAAAGACAACACAGAUUUGUCAAACUUAUCCAGGAAGAAAGAGAAAGGGUUGAACGAGCCAUAAGGGAUGGCAGCGAAGCCAAGCGACUUCUGGAGGUUUGUAUUCUGCGAUCGGAAACCAAGUCCCAAGAAGAGUUGACCCACGCCCUCGGCAACACGCAGCUCUGUGACGCCCGCUUGCAGGAUUGGGUGUCAAGCUGCCUCGUCGAGUUUAAUCCGAGCGGCAGGAAGAACAGAUCCAUCAAGCAACUGAUAUCGACGGCAUCAGCGCUACAGCUGAUCAGCGGCUGCAGCGAGGAGCUCGACAAAGAGGCGAGUAAGGGCGUCUACGCCGUCCUCGACACGGCCAAAAACGAACAAGUUCGAGGGUACAAAAGCCCCAAUAACAUCAAGUAUGGACGUCUGUCUCUCUCGUACGGCCACAUCCUCCUGCACGCACUGCAGACCAGCAGCCCGCCAACCAACGCUCUGACUGUGCCGUUCGAACAGGUACGAAGACUGGUGCCGGUAGAUUCACCUGUGGUAUUUCUGAACGUGGCAGUGUCAGGCAAGUACUUGGGUCGUCUGUAUCUUCGCCUGCUGGGGGACACCGAGAGGGCUAGGCAGUUCCUGCAGCUGUGCACCGGGGAGCGAGGGCCCUGCUACAGAUCUACGAGGUUCUUCAGUUUACAGAGGCCUGGGGAGCCAGGGGAAUGUUUACUAGGAGGGGACUACGACAGAGGGGAUGGCACGGGAGGGUUUCCUCUCCUCGAGGGGUUAGGCCCCAGCAGUGAAUAUCGAGCUUCAGUCAGAGAGGGGCUGGUGGCGGGCAGUAAUGGACAGCAUUCGGCGCUCUUUGGCAUUUUCCUCAAGGACUGGUUGGGAGUGAGCGACACCGCAAUUGGACACGUCAUCAAGAACUUAGAACUGCUGCAGUCCGUAGCAGCUACUGGAAAGUUCAGACAGCUGCAAGUUGUCGAUUGUGGCUUGGUCGUGCCUGUGUAGUAAUUAGUGGAGGUCAAAAUAAUUCCUAUAAAUUACAUCAUAAUUCUAGGUAAGCCAAAACAUUACCGAUCUGAUGAAGACUGUACAGCUAUCAGUAAACUUUGAUUUGUAAAUAUCUACAACAUACUCCCGAUAAUCAGCAAUGUAACUGGUAAAAAAUGUUGAAAAUUUUUGUCCAAAAAGGUUUUAGAUAUAUCGACGUCUUUCAGUGUUCCGUUUGCAUUGAACUGUGCAAGUUUGUGUCGUUUCACAAGCUAGUCAUUUCUCUACUCGUACUAUAAAAACUUUCGGUAGACCCUCUGAGUUCUUUUCAGCUGUGGAGUACAGGAACACUCAAUCCAGCGUGAAACGCUUUCUGAAAUUUCUUCAAUACCGAAAGUUGUGGGAUACGUACAUAAAGUUUCAAAACAAUAAAUUCAUGC